AUGAAGAAAGUAGGGGUCUUGAAAACAUUGAAAGUUGUUUCAAAUUAUAUUUUCCACUACUUACUAAGUGAUUCGAAAUAGUUGUAAUAACACCCAUACCUUGCUGGGAUGGUCUAAAGAGUAAAGGAGAUAAUGUGUAUUAAAAAAUGGCUAACAUACAAAGUGUAAGAUCCAUGGAACACGCUUAGUACGAAAAUAUUCUUCCCUUUCCUUCCCUCUCCAACCUUACCCUCAUGUCCAUACAUGAAAUAUCACUUAAUAAGUCCCCAGAAUAUGUUUACACAACAUAGACACAGUAAAAUUAUCAAUUUAAGUCAAAAUUGAUUUAUGAAUGCAUCACAGGAACAAAUCACUAACUUUAUUCUACUGGUUUAGGGCACCCCCAGACAAUCUCAAAGAGGCGAGAAAGAUGACUAUGAUGGCUCAUCAGUCAUCUUGGAUCUUCAUCAACGAGAGGACGUUCAUAACCAGAGAACAACUUGAUUCCUUAUUGAAGACCUAUAACAUUUUUUAUGGGAACCAGAAAAAUCUACAUAUUUUAUGUGCACAGACUGAAGAUGGCCAACUAAUUGUUGAAGGAAUGCUAGACAUUUUUUGGGGAGUAAAACGGCCUAUACAGCUGAAAAUACAAGAUGAGAAGCAAAUCCCUUCUUUUACUACAAUAAAGUCACCAGACAUGUUUUCCCGAAAAGGGGGAAUGACACGCUGGGGAGAAUUUGAUGAUCUUUAUCGUAUUAGUGAGCUGGACAGGACCCAGAAUCCUGUGACUGUAGUGAAGGACCCUGAGGAAGAUUAUUUAUCUUAUCACAGCAGCACCCUGAAGCCUCACGCAGUUGAAGAGCUGGAAUCCCCACUGCUCUACAGAACCAUGAGUGAAGCAACCCUUGUAAGAAAAAGGAUAAGGCCUCCACCAAUGGACAGAAAAGACAGACAGAACCAUAGGGCCUCUAUUAACGGACACGUCUAUAACUAUGAGACAUCAAUUUUCACUCCAGCCUAUGAAUCAGAAACUAAAGUCAGAAUAAACAGUAACAUGAGAACUGAGGAAGUGAUAAAGCAACUUCUCCAAAAAUUCAAGAUUGAAAAUAGUCCCCAGGACUUUGCUCUUUAUAUUAUUUUUUCAACGGGAGAGCGGAGACGGCUAAAGGAGACAGAUAUUCCUCUACUGCAGAGGCUCCUUCAGGGACCUUCCAAAGAGCAUGCUCGCAUUUUCCUCAUGGAUAAAGAUGUGGAAGAAAUUAGCAGUGAUGUGGCUCAGUAUAUUAACUUUCAUUUUUCUAUCUUGGAAUCCAUUCUUCAAAGAAUAAAUGAAGAAGAGAAAAGAGAGAUUCAAAGAACAAUAACAAAAUUCACUACAGAAAAGGCUAUUAUACUGAAAUAUCUUAAAAGUAAACGGGUAGUAAGAACAGAGACGACAGUUUAGCUUUACAGGCCACUAUUGCUAAAACACUUCAACAAAGUUAGAGAGCUGUUACUUUGAUGAGUGCAUAAAUGCUAUACCUGAAUUCGGCAUUCAUGCAAAUAUAUAUCUAAAGUUGAAUCUGUAGAAAACUGAAAGUCCAAAAAGCUUGUCUCUCUCUGAAGUGAUGAGGUUAACUAGAGUUCACAGAUGGACUAAAAUGAGCUUGAAUUUAGUUUCAGUAACUGAAAUAAGCUUGAAUACUGUG